AAAGUAUUUUUUAAGUAGGAAAUAAAAAAACAAGUAUAUUUUAAAUAUGGAUUUAUCGUCUUUAAAAGAAACACAAGAUAUGGAAAAUUGCAAGAAAAGUGAAGAAAAUAUAGAAAAGAAUAUAGAAACGACAUUACCUAAAUUAGAAACACCUAUUUUAUCACAAGAAAACUCUAUAACACAAUUAUCUUCUCAUUCAACAGUGAUACCAAAUGUUUCAUUACCGGAAUCUAUGGAUACAAAUGCAUUGCCAUUGAGAGAAACAAUAGCGACAAAUACAUUAUCACAAAACAAUGUUAUUUCUACUGUUCCUACACGAGUUUAUUUAAAUGAAAACAUAACACCGGUGCUUUUAGAAGGUAUGAAAAUAAUUGCAAGAGAAAGACCACCCAAUCCAUUGCAAGUGCUUGGCGAAUAUUUAAUUAGUAAAAGUAAAAAAUAAAAGUUUUUAAAAAAAAUGAAUUAUGUAAAUAUUAUACCAAUAU